CUCUCAAAACUCUCAAACGUAGGCGACAUGUUGACGCGUUUACUUCUCGUUCUGGCCGCGCUGCUAUUUGUGGCCACACCACAUUUCACCGUCGCAGCAGCUGUGGACGAUGUCGAUUGGUGGGAGAAUGCUGCCCUCUAUCAAAUCUAUCCUCGCUCCUUCCAGGAUAGCAAUGGCGAUGGCGUCGGUGACUUGCAGGGCAUAACACAGCGAUUGGCAUAUCUGAAGGAGAUUGGCAUCACGGCCACUUGGCUCUCGCCCAUAUUCAGUUCGCCGAUGUCCGACUUUGGCUAUGAUAUAUCGAAUUUCACCGAAGUCGAUUCCAUAUUUGGCACAUUGGAUGACUUUAAGGCGCUUAUGGUGCAGGCAAAGUCGCUGGGUCUCAAGAUCAUACUGGACUUUGUGCCCAAUCAUUCGAGUGACGAGUGCGAAUGGUUCCAGAAGUCGGUGAAUCGUCAGGAUGGCUACGACGAAUUCUAUGUGUGGCACGAUGGCAAAGUGAAUGCUGAGACCGGGGAACGUGAGCCGCCCAGUAAUUGGGUGAGCGUCUUCGGUGGCUCCCAGUGGACCUGGCAUGAGACACGACAGCAGUACUUCCUGCAUCAGUUCCAGGUGAAGCAGCCAGAUCUCAACUUUAGCAAUCCGAUGGUUCGUGAGCAUAUGCUGGAUGUACUGGGCUUUUGGCUUGAUCUCGGUGUGGAUGGUUUUCGCAUAGAUGCCGUGCCUCAUAUCUACGAGCAUCGCAAUGCCGAUGGCAGCUAUCCAGAUGAGCCAGUCAGUGGCUGGAGCAGCGAUCCGGAUUCCUACGAUUAUCACGAUCAUAUCUAUACCAAAGAUCAGCCAGAUACUGUGGAACUCAUGUACGAAUGGCGCGACUAUUUGCUCAAAUAUGAAGCUGAACAUGGCGGCGAGACACGUGUCCUUCUAGCAGAGGCUUACAGUGCUGUGGAGACAUUGAGUGCGUACUUCGGCAAUGGCACUCGACUGGGCACACAGCUGCCUAUGAAUUUCCAGCUGAUGUAUCUCAGUGGCUACUCAACGGCUCGGGAUGUGGUCGGCAACAUUGACUACUGGAUGAACACCAUGUGGGCAAAUCAUCAGACGGCCAAUUGGGUUGUGGGCAACCACGACACCGAGCGUGUCUCUACUCGCAUGGGUGCCCAUAAAGUGGAUCUGCUCAAUGUGAUUGUGAAUUCUUUGCCAGGUGCCUCAGUCACCUACUAUGGCGAGGAGAUUGGGAUGGCCAAUGUGGAAACCGAGUGCACCGAGAUCUCCUGUGACAAUCGUGAUGGCGAACGAACUCCCAUGCAGUGGGCACCUACAAAGAACGGUGACUUCUCCACGGCUGAGAGUACCUGGUUGCCACUUAGCACCGACUUUGAGCGUUACAAUGUGCGCACUGAGAGGGGCGUGGCUCGCUCCUCGUUGCAAGUGUUCAAGGGUCUGCAGCAGCUGAAGAGCAGCUCCGCUUUUCUGGCCUUCAAGCAGGAAGGUGGCUUCUCCUACGAGGCAGUCACAGAGCAAGUGCUGCAGAUUAUACGAACAAAUCUGCGCAAUGAGGAGUAUCGCAUACUUGUCAACAUGGGUAACAAGAUAGAGAAGAUUACAGGACUCUCGAACAAGGUCUAUGAAUACAUUUUGGUCACCGCAUACUCUGUCCACAGACCUGGAGAGACAAUUGAUCUGAGUGAAAGCAUAAUACUUAUGCCGUAUGAGGCCAUUGUGUUACGCUGGCUGGCGUGAUUCAUUUGGGUUUUUGGCCAUCACUUAAUCUGUGCAUUUUAUGAUCCUCAUAAAGAUAAAUCCUCAUUUGGGACCCCAAGCCAUGUGCUUUUUAAUGCCAUCAGCCACCUGCCACAUGGGUCUGAGAACUACACGAAGAACUCAAAGUUCAAUUGCAAGUACUCCAGAAUGUUGUAAAUACCAACCACAAGAGGUCCCGAAUUAACUGAUAUAAUCACUUUUCAACACUUCCCACACUUAAGCGAUCGAUAAGGCGUGAUCAUAAAACUAUUACAACAGAA